AAGUCAUUCAUCACUAAACAGAGUGAUUUAUUUUUCAAAACAAAAAAUUUUUUUAUUUUUUAUUUAUGAUGAUUAAAAUAAAAUGAAAUUUUAAAUAAUUUAAAACAAGAAAAAAUGGCUGUAUGUAAAUUUUAUGUUCAAGGUUAUUGUCGUUAUGGUCAACAAUGUCGUUUUGAUCAUAUCGAUCCACAACGAAAUCAAACAAAACAAAAUACAACCGGAUUUAGUUUUACAAAAACAUUGCAACAAAUUUCAUCGAAUCCAAAUUCCAAUAAUGCCAGUAUAUUUUCCAAUACAAAUUUUUCAUUAUUUCAGCCAACUCAACAAUCGUUUUUUGGUCAAUCACAACAACAAUCAUCAACAAUUGGUGGUGGUGGUGGUGGUGGUUUCAGUUUCAAUCAGACAUUAAAACAAUUGAACAAUGUUCCAAAUGUUGGAAUGCCUAUGAAUUCUUUAUUCAAUAAUGAAUCAGAAAUGAAAUCUGAUUUUCAUCAUUCAUCAUCAACAUCAUUGUUUAAUUUUCCGGCAAAUAACACGUUUACAUUUGGUAAUACAGCUGCUUUGAAUUCAGCAAACAUUGUAACGAGACAAAAUGAUGCUCAUCAUUGGUAUAAAAGUAAUAACGAUGUUAAUAAUCAACCAGUGGUUAAAUCGAAAUCAUUUUUCGAACAACCAAUGCCAAACGAAACGACAAUGUCAUCUGAAUCGAAUGUAGAUACGAAAAAACUGGGAAUCCGAUAUGGAAUCUAUUCCGAAUUAAAAGAUUUAAUCGAAAAAGAUUUAGCUAAUUUUAAAGCCGAUAAAUUUAUUCAUCCAAUACCGUUUGAUCCACCACCAUUUGAAGUUUGUUUUUAGUGUGUGUAUGGAAUGUGCUUAUUAUGAUCGUUGAAAACAAGUUUUUGGAAGAAAUCUUAUUUUUUCACAAGUUUCAAGCAUCAAAUAAAUGGAUAAUUUAUUGGCCAUUAUCGUUAUCAUCAUUUUUAUCAUCAAUCCAUAUCGAUUGUUGUUGUUGUUGUAAUAUAUCCGGAUUGAUGUUU